UUUGCAAAUCAAAAUAAAAUAAGUCAAAAUAGAAAUAAAUUAAAAAUAGAAAAAAAUAAAUGUAUCUUAGAGAAUAUUUUUUACAAACGACUAAAAAGGAAAGGAAAUGUUAAAAAUUUUAUUUACAUUGAUAACUAUUAUGAUAAUAUAUUGCAAGGCUGAGACAUAUGAUUGGCUUAUUCAAACGGUGGAUCAAGAUAAAAAAGAUGGUGUUAGAGUUACUGCAGAAAACAAUGGCGAUUUCGGCAAAAAACAGCCAGAUUCAAUAAAAAUCCUCGCAAAGGCAAAUGAAAAGGAUGCAAAUGCUUUAAGGAAUAAAAAUAAUAGAAAAUAUUUUAAACAUGAUAUGCAGAAUAACACAAAUGUGGUGGCAGUGAAUAAAAGAAAACUUAAUACACAGAAAAAGAUUUUCGCCACCUCUUCCAGUCUGUUGACUGCGAUAGAAGAUGAAAGUCCUCAGAAUUGUAGUGACUAUUUAAAAGAAAAAAAUAUAAGAAACAUUUCUAAAAAUCGUUGUGCGCCGAAUGUAUCAGACAUUGAAAACUUUUUGGGGACCAACCUAUUUGACAAUGUUCCCAAAAAAUGCUUUACCGCUGAAGAUGUACAAUUGCUUUUAAUACGCAGAGAUUUUGAGAGUCUCAUACCAAAACAACUACCACAUAUCCUGCUAAAUGAUCAAAUGCUAAACAUUUUAAUGGACUACUUCGAGAACUGUGGUCAAUUAAUCACAACAAUGUCUACGGGGUCGUUAAAAAAUUUAGCCCAUAAAGCAUUUUACGAUACUAUAGGAAGUUAUUUAAAUUUCUAUGUGGUGCCAGUAGCAAAACAUUCCUAUUAUGCUGGCAUAGCAACUCUGGAAGCUGUGCAAAAAGUUUUGCAACUACAUCAACAAUGUCGUUAUAUACUCAACACAAAUGGCAAUGGUUGGAGGGGACCUAUGAAAGAUGUGCUCAAUAUAUGUAGUAUGCAUAAUAUUCAACCACUGAAAAUAGCAGAAUAUAAGGGAACUCUAAAUCCCUGCAAAAAUCUGGACAUGAUGAGUAAUCAUAAUCAUUUGGAUAAUGAUAAAAUGAUCGUUUCUCUGCCCCGAUUAGAACGAGGAGAUGAAAAUGAUUAUUUGGGUAACAUAUGGCUGCCGUUUAGACGUAAAAGAAUUUUUGAUUUAAGAUCCCCCGAAACAUCCUUUGUUAUAGUGAAGUUCUAUGAAACUUUAAGCAAAUGUUAUGGAUUUGAAAAAGUCUCCCAGAUUUUCUAUAAUCGAAAAUUGUAUGAAUGGCUAUUGGAGAAUAUUCAAAAUCAUUUGUCAGAUGAUAUAUUUUACCCAGGUUUGGGAGGGGUUUUGAAGCUUCAAGAGCAUUUAAGAGGUUUUCAAAAGAGUGAAGGACAAAAUUAUCUCAAGGAUAAUAGAGCCUAUGAAGAUGAUUACGAUAAUUAUGUUAAAGGAAAGAAAAUGAGCCGCAAGAUAAAUGAUGAAAAGUCCCAGGAAUUUUUGAAUGUCUUGAAGAAUUCCAAUCGCUUUAAAGUCAAUCAUCAAAUACUACCCAAUGGACAUUAUGAUAAUGGCCUGGCAAGUUUUAGAGAUAACCUAGAAAGUAAUGGCGAAGAGCAAAUAAAACAUGAAAAAGCCAUGGCAAAUAAUAAAAAUGAAGAAAUGGCAAAAGAAACAUCUACAAUUGUUCAAGAAACCGAAUCAAAUUUCCAAAAACCUACAAUGGUCUAUAAUAACAAGAAAGAAGACCCUCAUUUCAGAAUAACACUCCGCCAUCUCAUAAUCGUAGCCAUAUCUGUUCUUUUGGCUAUUGUAGUCGCAAUUAUCUGCUGCCUCAAGUUAAAAAAGCGAAAGGGGAAGAAAACCAAAGAAUCCCGACUACGAGAAUAUGCUGGAGGCAAAAAGCUACUAAACAAUAUCGCAGACGAUGAUGAAGAAAUCGAAUUACUAGACUCUCAAUCAAAAUCUGUAUUGCCUGGUAAUAACAACUCCAAGACUUUAAAUCGUUACAAAACUUAUCCUAGGCACACCAAUAAUUCUGCCAGCAUUGCAUCUUCAUCGUCUUCUUCGCUAAUGUGUCCAUCGCCUGUAAAAUGUUUUGGCAAAAAAUCUACAAGACCUGCCAUAAUAGAUACGACAUUAUUAGACUCCGAAGUGGAAGAGGUUAAAGAUAGAAAAAUUCCACAACCCACAAAAGCGGUAAAAAUUAAUGAAAACCCCACAAAAAUGGUAUCACUCAAUGAUAGAAGGAAGAAUAGUGCAUCGGCCAAUGGCAAGACGAGAGUUUCAAAAGAUAUAAGAAAGAGUAAUAGUAACACCAGUUGGGAAACCACAUAUUCCACAAGAUAGAAGGGGUCAUUGACGCUAUUGUUAAUUUUUUUAACAUUUUUCUCAAAAGUUUUAGAUGGAUUUUAUUUAAAACUGUUUACCCAAUUUAUUUAUUUUUUUUUUAUUCUUUAUUAGCAAAUAUUUAUUUAUUUAACACGAA